AUGUCAUCACAGCCACCCUCACCUCGCACCAUCGUACCUCUCCUCAUCCUCCUCUUCAUCCUGGGGUUCUUCUUCAUCCCUGCCCUCGCAUCCCCGCUCGCGAACCCGAACUUCAUCGCCUCAAAUGGUGAGGAGAUUGUGACAACGGAGAAUAGCUUUAUACAGCCGCCGCAACCAGCAGGGGCCAAUGUUCUAGAGGGGAAUGAUGUCGUGGAGGAGGGUCAGCCAAUCGGUUCGUUACAUACCCACGACGAUCACUAUCCCCCCGAAGCUCUCGUUCGUCUCAAGAACAAUUAUCUCGAUGCUCGAGAAGGACAAGAGUACGACCUCACAUGCAUCAAAGCUCACUACUGCGCAAUUCUCUUACAAAAUGCAUCACCAGCCACUAUCCAUGAGCUGGCCAAUUUGGCGACUCAUCAGAAAGGCAAAGCACUCAAUCUGGUGCUGGACUACACGGAGCGUGACAUAAAGGACGCAGGUGCUCCAUUUACCCAUACAAACGACAGAAUGCGGGAUGACAUUCCUCUGUCUGAGUUGCAGACGACGACCUUGGAAGAGCAGACGACCAGGGAGAGACGUUGCCACCGAGCCAUUCGAAGCGACGCAGAAGAAUUGGUAUCAGGAUGA